CUGUACAUCAGUGCUAUCAUAAUCGUUCCAAUGGAAUAUUGAAAGAAACUAUUGAAAUCCUGGCCCUAUCCAACCAAAAAGGUUUAUUUCAACAACAUUAAGCAUUUAAUUUAGAUAUUUAAACAUUUAUUUUGUUCAAUGAAUAGUCAUAAUUAGUAUGUCAUAGUUUGAUCUGUAACUAUUUGCCUCGGCUUUGGCGUUGAAAAUAGAUGUUGAGUCCAUUAAACCGGCUCACUUCAUUCAUCACCAGCACCUUAGUUCCUGCUCAUCAAUACUUCGAGGUGAAAUGAUAAAGAAUAUAGUGAAAUGCUGGGAGUUUGGAGGCGGCAGAGUGGCUUUGGCGGCCAUUUGUGCACAUUCAGUAUCCAUCUCUAUAGGGAUAGUACAGGGGUAUAGUGCAAUUUCACUACCACAACUCAAGGAAUCUAGGCAAUUUUCAAAUCUGUCAAUGGAAGAAACGUCUUGGAUAGCUAGUUUGGGAGCAGUCGCAACCCCACUAGGAUCAAUAACUUCUGGAAUAUUUGCCGAAUACUUUGGAAGGAAGAGGUCUAUACAAAUUAGUAGUGUGCCGUUCAUACUGGGAUGGAUAUGUUUGGGGCUAGCUCAAGAUGUCAAUUGGCUGUACGCAGGAAGACUAGUUACAGGCAUUGCAGCAGGCAUGUCUACAGCCUGCUAUACCUACGUCAGCGAGAUCUCAUCAGCAGACAGUCGAGGCUUCAUGCAAUCCCUUGGCCCAAUAUGUGCCUCAUUUGGCAUCCUCCUCACCUAUAGCUUGGGAUACUACAUCAGCUGGUCCACCAUUGCGCUUAUCAGCAUCAUCUUCGGAAUCUUCUCAACAGUCACUGUUCAGUUCCUGCCUGAGAGUCCAGGCUUCCUUUUGAAAAGAAAUCAACUCACUGAAGCCUUUGAUGUUUUGCUUUGGCUUAGGAGGAAUAACGCUCUAGCACAGCAAGAGAUGGACAGGUUUCAGGAGAACGAGAAAGCUAGUGAUAUCAAAGAUGCUAGCUUGAAAGAAAUUUUACUGAGUCCUCAAACUGUCAAACCGUUCAUUAUACUCAUACUAUUGUUCCUAUUGCAAGAAUUCUCCGGUAUUUACACUUUGCUGUUCUACGCGGUUGACUUCUUUGAAGAAGCUAAUCUUAGCAUCAAUGAGUACGUUGCUUCUAUCAUUGUAGGUGCAAUAAGAUUCACAAUGUCAAUUGUAGCUGCAUUUCUCAUAAACAGAUUUGGGAGAAAGACGCUAUGCACGUUUUCUAGUUUCGGCAUGACAGUAACUAUGAUCGUCGUGGCUUCAUACGUUAAAUACUAUGAAAUAAAUAGCGAUGAAGAAAGAAUUUUGAAGUAUCUUCCUUUAGUAGGUAUAAUGUUCAACGUGGUAUUCAGUAUGAUAGGAAUGUUACCGUUACCAUGGAUCUUAGUAGGAGAGAUGUUCCCGCUUAGAGUAAGACCUAUAAUGUCAGGCUUAGUCAUUUGUAUGGCCCAAAUGUUUGUAUUCAUUUGCGUGAAAAUUUACAACAAUAUGAAUGAAGCCAUGCACUUUAGUGGUACCUUGAUCGUUUUUGCCUGUACUUCUAUCUUAUCAAUAAUAUUUUGCAAAACGGUUCUUCCUGAAACAAAAAAUAAAUCUUUAGAGGAAAUUGAGGAGUACUUCAGAAAUUCGGAAAAAAGUAUAGAGGAUUUGAAAGGCAUUGAUAAUACUGCUUUUGAAAUACAACCUGAACUAGUUGUAGAAGUACCCCCUAGGUAAAUAAAAUAAUGUUAAUGUAAUUGAUUGAAUUGAUUGUGAUUUAGGAUUAGCUGUAUUUUAAUGUACUUUAGAUAUGUACAUUGUUUUUAAAAGUUGGUUCUUGUAGAAACCUGUAUUUAUUUUGUUACUUUCAGUAAAAAUUAUAUUUUGUUGUAAAUCA